CCAAAACGCGCGUGGCUAGCUUAGACUUAGAGAAUGGAGCCGACGAUGGAGUCGGACAAGGAGAUGGAGAUGGAGAUGGCGAUGGAGGCGGCGGAGGGGAUGAGCUGGAAGGCGCUGUUCGAGCGGCGGGUGGUGAUGGCGGACGCGCACUGCCGCAAAGCCGACAGCCUGCUCCACGGCCUCGUCGUCAUCUUCACCGAGCACGAGGCGCGCGACAUGCGGGCGUGCGGCGGGGAGGAGGCGCGGCGCGGCCUCGAGGACGCCCACGCGCAGCUCGGCCUCGCCCUCGCCAGCAUGGGCGCGGCCCGCCACCUCGCGCUCCGGUGCGCCGCCCGCCGCGCGCUCGACCCCGGCUCCAGCUCCGAGUCCGACCCGACCACGUCGACGUCCACGCCGCCGCUCUCCCCCUCCUCCUCCUCCGUCGCCGACCCCGAAGCGCGGCGCGUGCUGGCCCUGCUCCGGGAGGCCACCGAGCUCGUCUACCGCGUGCACGACCUGGUGGAGGGCGCUCGCGCCCAUAUGGGCGCCGCCGAGUCCCUCCUCCUGGCGCUGGGCCUGGACGAGGACGACGACGGUGGCCGCGACCGUGGCUCCGCUCCCUGGGUUCACCCGCCCUGCGUCGCCGAGCAGCUCGACGGCACCAUGGACCUCGGCGAGGCGUUCGCGCGGGCGUUGGACCUCCUCAUGCUCACCACGGAGGCGGGCGAGGCGGCGUUCCGCGUCGCCGCCGAUUGAGGCCUCGAUCCGCGCUCCGGGCUCCUGUUGCUCUGUUCGACCGGUCGGUUUGGUGACUUUGGUCCAUCCGCUUGCUCAAUUUCGUUUUGCUUUCCACGCCGUAGCUUGCGUGACAUGAUCGUGAGAUGGCACACGUCGCUCCUCAGAAGGUGUUGAUGAUCCGAGAACAUAAUUCGAUCGUGUCGUAGGUUAGUUAGCUGCUUGUGUUGCUCGACUCUUGGAACGGUCGAUCAUCCAAUGUUGUUUCUUGUUGAUCAAUCAGCGAUGAUUUUGCUCGUUAACCUGUUGCCUGCAAUGUUCCUACUCCCUACCUUUCUUCCUUGGAAUUGAGCGUCGAUCAUAGUAGUACAUCAUAUAAUUUUUUUGAGCAAAGUCCGGUUUUCUCCCCUAAACUUUUCACUUAGCUCAUAUUUUCCUCCUAAACUAGAGAGGACUUUGUUCAUUUUUCUUUU